GGCGUGGUUAUAGUUAUAGUGGAGGGGUGUCCUUGUUCCAGUCACAUAUUUGCUGUCUCCUCUACAGUUCUUUGUGUUGAGAACGUCUGCGUAGCAAUAAAAUUGCGAUUGUUUGACUACUGAAAGUGCCGAACGUGAAACGCCUGAGGGGAAACUGUCGUCCGUCGUGAAAUGGCAUUUUUCAAGAAUUUCUUCGGCAAAAGCAAGAGAAAGAAGGAUUAUCCUGCAUUCUUAACUCUAAAUGUCGAUCCCGAGACGACGUGGGAGAUUAUUGGGAAACUAGGUGACGGAGCUUUUGGAGAAGUAUUCAAGGCUCAAAACAAGAACACUGGACAAUUGGCUGCUGCCAAGAUUGUUGAAAUAAUUAAUGAGGAUGAGCUGGAUGAUUUUAGUGUUGAAAUGAACAUAUUAUCAACUUGUCAGCAUCAUCAUGUUAUUCGACUGAUGGAAGCGUAUUUCUAUGACAAGAAGCUAUGGAUGCUGGUUGAAUUUUGUGCUGGAGGUGCUAUUGACAAUGCUAUUCUAGAACUGGACAGAGGUCUUAGAGAAAAUGAAAUUAGAGCAAUUGCCAGACAAAUGUUUGAGGCGUUAGACUAUCUUCAUAACAACAAAGUUAUUCAUCGUGAUUUGAAGGCUGGCAAUAUUCUUCUAAUGGAUGAUGGUACAAUAAAGUUAGCUGAUUUUGGUGUGUCAGCACUCAACAAGAAAACCAAACAGAAGCAUGACUCAUUCAUUGGGACACCAUACUGGAUGGCUCCCGAAGUUGUUGUUUGUGAAACAUGUAAAGAAGUACCAUAUGACUUCAAAGCUGACAUUUGGUCUGCUGGCAUAACAUUGAUUGAGUUGGGUGACACAGAGCCUCCACAUCAUGAAAUGCAUCCCAUGAGAGUAUUAUUCAAAAUACCAAAAGCUGAACCACCUACUCUGACAGCUCCAUCGCAAUGGUCUCCACAACUGAAUGAUUUCAUAGAGAAGUGUUUAAAAAAAGACCCAACUGCUCGACCCACAGCUGAAGAGAUGUUACAACAUCCAUUUAUACAAGAUUAUGAUGACAGGAAACCAUUGUUAGGCCUUUAUAGAGAAGUAACAGCUGAAGUUGUAACAACAGUUGAAGAUUUACCAGAUGACAAUGACUCUGUACUGGAUUCAACUUCAGCAAUGCAAACACCUAUACCAAUGACACCAUCAGCUUCUACAUCAACUUCAACAUUUCCUGAAGCAAGCGUAACAAGUUUGGAAUUUGUAGAGAGUUCCGGGGUUACUCAGUCGUACUUGACUCACAUGGAUGGUGCACCACUACCAAAUGGGAACUCUGCAAGCCAUCCAGAGAAUGCCUUUCAUGAUAAUGAACAUGUAGAAAGUAGGAGAAGGACCGGAUCAGAGGAUAGCGGGCAGACUUCAGCUGAUUGCCAUGUUGAGGCUCAACCAGUUUCUGAAGCAGCAAAAAAGAGAAAGAAAAAAAUAUCAACUAGUGGUGUUCUUUCAGCUGCAAAUGCUGUACCAUUGGUAACAACAGGAUCAAGAAAGACUGAUGAUCAAGUUCAAUAUAAGACUCUAACACGUAUGAGAACUUUUGAAGUGGACGGCCAGACAGUGACAACAAAGACAGUGAAAGUUAUUGAUGCCAGCCAAGGAGAGACAUACCUUAGUGCCAAGCAAGCACAGGUUGUGAGACGGCAAGAACUACGUGAGAUGAAGCUGUUACAACGAGAAGAACAGAAAGAAACACAAGAUUUAAUGAGGAAAGUGAAACAAGAACGUGAUGCAAUGGAUAAGCAGUUUGAUCAAGAAGAGCAGGACCUUCGUAGAAAAGCAGAGACAGACCAGGAGAAUCUUAGUCGUCAGCAGAAGAGAGAAGUGGAGAAACUGGAACAGCAGCAACAGCAGGAAGAAAAGAAGCUUGCUAAGAAACUCAAAGAUGACCAGGUGAAGAAGCUGAAGAAAUUCAAGGACAGCUUGAAGCAGGAAGAGAAGCAGCUAAAAGCGGAAGUUGACAAACUUCCUAAAGCAGGACGAAAAGAGACUCUACUGAGACGAAUGGAAGAACUGAAAAUAACUCAACAAGACAGGGAAAGAGAUUUUCAUGCAAGUCUUCAGGAAGAGUUUGAACAGCAUACUCUGAAACUUCACCAAGGCCACAAACAAGCUGUCAAAGCCAUGGAAGAGGAAUUUCUAUCGGCAAAGCAGGACAUGAUUCGAGGCGGUGAGAAUGAGUUGUGGGAGCUGGAGCAACAGCAGCUACAUGAAAAGCAUCAACUUUUGAAGCACCAGCUAAAGGAAGCUUUUCUGAUGCACAGACAUCAAAUGCAUUGUCGACAUGAAAAGGAAAUUGAACAGCAUCAGAAACGAAGUCAGCAAAAUGAGGAAGAACUGGUAAGAAAACAAGCACUGGAAAAGAAGCAGCUGCCAAAGCAAUGGAAGAGUGACUCAAGAAGUAGAGUGAACGAAUACCGAAAAGGGCUCAGACACCAAUCAUCUUCAGGAAGACCAAGAGACAAAGAAGAAGAAAGGGAUAAGCUAAAGCAGUUUGAGGCUCAAGAAACAAGACGACAGAAGGGUGAACAGUUGAAGAUGGAAAUGAGACAUGAGAUGGAGUUGCAGGAGCUCAAAACAGCAUCUCAAGCAGCACUUGAUGAACUGAAGUCUCUCCAGGUUGAGAAGAAGCAGCUACUUAUUCAGCAAGAAACAGACAAGUUGAGAGAAAGGGAAGAGGCAUUUGCGAAAGAAUUGCAGAACUGGAAGACCCAGCUGACAGACAGAAAGAAGAAACUUGAAGAUGAUUUCUCUCUUCAACGUCAGCAGCAAGAGAAAUUUUACAGCGGCGACAACCUCGGUAUUCCACACAAAUCAGCAGCAGAUGGAGAAAUGUGACCCUAGUGUAGGUUAGCAGUUUUAUUGAGACGUCUACAGUCUGCACCUGAUGGGGGAUUGAAGCUAGCACAUCCUGUGUGUAUGUGUAUGUCUAUACUUUAUAUCUUUAGGCAUUAGACAACUUUUUAUUUCA